CCUGGAAGCAGCAACGCAGAGAAGGAACUUGUGAGAUGAAGGUCGCUGGGUCCCACCCCUUUCCUGCGGAGUUUCCCUUUCCUGUCCUUAAGCGCACCCUCCCCUGUCCCUUGUCCCCAGCCCCGCGAGUCUGGGCUCCGGACGGCGCCCUGUCUCCUUCCUCCUCCCCUUCGCUGGGCUCCGGGCGAUCGCCCCGCGCUGGUGGGGCUCCCAGUCCUCGGGAGCCGGCUCCUCUGCGCGGCCCCAGCUCGAGUUAAUAAACAGUUAAGUUUGGAAGACUCAGCAGACACGUUGAGGGGGAGUUACCCAGCCCAGGCAGCAAAAACAUCCCGGCGCAUUCCUGGGGAGUCCUCAGCUGCCAGCAUCUGAUUAGAACCAUAUCUCGCCGGGAGUGGCCCGCGGCUCCGAGGCUCCCGGGCCGGCGGCUAUUUAAGCGCGGCCGCCGUGUCGGCUGCGCGGUCGCCAGGCGGCUCAGGCACCCCGGGGAAGUCAUGCUCGCAUCGCGGAGGCGCUAGCUAGCCUGUGUCUGCAGCAGGUUAUGUUUGUUUGAGACGUCUCCAUCGGGGAUCGCUGGGUGUCACUAAGUGUCUGCUGGUGCUGGAGUUGGCUGUCUGCCUUCUUGCCAUGUCUAACGAAGCAGAAACGAGUGCAACUAAUGGUCAGCCUGACCAACAGGCCGCACCAAAGGCACCAUCAAAGAAGGAAAAGAAGAAAGGCACUGAAAAGACAGAUGAAUAUCUUUUGGCCAGAUUCAAAGGUGAUGGUGUGAAAUACAAGGCCAAGCUAAUCGGCAUUGAUGAUGUGCCCGAUGCAAGAGGGGAUAAAAUGAGCCAAGAUUCUAUGAUGAAACUAAAGGGAAUGGCGGCAGCUGCUCGGUCUCAGGGACAACACAAACAAAGGAUCUGGGUCAACAUUUCUCUUUCUGGAAUAAAAAUCAUUGAUGAGAAAACUGGGGUAAUAGAACAUGAACAUCCAGUAAAUAAGAUUUCUUUCAUUGCCCGUGAUGUGACAGACAACCGAGCAUUUGGUUAUGUGUGUGGAGGAGAAGGCCAACACCAGUUUUUUGCCAUAAAAACAGGGCAACAGGCUGAGCCACUAGUUGUUGAUCUUAAAGACCUUUUCCAAGUUAUCUAUAAUGUAAAGAAAAAGGAAGAAGAAAAGAAAAAGAUGGAAGAAGCCAACAAAGCAGUAGAGAAUGGGAGUGAGGCCCUAAUGAAUCUUGAUGACCAAGCUUGCAAACUGAAAUUGGGUGUUGACCAGAUGGAUUUGUUUGGGGACAUGUCUACACCUCCUGACCUAAGUAGUCCAACAGAAAGCAAAGAUAUCCUGUUAGUGGAUCUAAACUCUGAAAUCGACACCAAUCAGAAUCCUUUACGAGAAAAUCUAUUCUUAACAAAUGGCAUCACCUCCUGCUCUCUUCCUCGACCAAAGCCUCAGGCAUCUUUCUUGCCUGAAAAUGCCUUUUCUGCCAAUCUCAACUUCUUUCCCACCCCUAACCCUGAUCCUUUCCGUGACGAUCCUUUUGCACAGCCAGACCAAUCGACACCCUCUUCGUCUGAUUCUCUCAAAUCUCCAGAUCAGAAGAAAGAGAAUUUGAGUAGCUCGUCUACCCCUCUGAGUAAUGGGCCCCUGAAUGGGGAUGUUGAUUACUUUGGUCAGCAAUUUGACCAAAUCUCUAACCGGACUGGCAAACAGGAAGCUCAGGCAGGCCUGUGGCCCUUAUCAAGUACGCAAACACAGCCAACAGUGAGAACUCACAAUGGGGUAUCUGAAAGAGAACAGAACGGCUUCCAUAUCAAAUCCUCCCCGAACCCUUUUGUGGGAAGCCCUCCCAAAGGACUGCCCGUACCGAAUGGCGUAAAGCAGGACUUGGAAAGCUCUGUCCAGUCCUCACCACAUGACUCCAUAGCCAUUAUCCCACCUCCACAAAGUACCAAACCGGGAAGAGGCAGAAGGACUGCUAAGUCUCCAGCAAAAGACUUACUUGCAUCAGACAUCUUUGCUCCUCCCGUCUCAGAACCUCCAGGCCAGACAUCUACAGGACAACCUGCAACCCUACAGACCAACCCCCUGGACCUCUUCAAAACCAGUGCUCCUGCCCCAGUAGGGCCCCUUGGGGGUCUAGGUGGUGCGCCAGUUAUACCUGCUCAGACAGGACCGUGGAACCCAGCACCCUUAGUCUUCAGUCAAUCCACUACAAUGGUCCCGGGCACUAUGAUGGCUGGUCAGCCUUCAGGAUUCAGUCAGCCAAUCGUCUUUACCACAAGCCCAGCUGUUCCAGGUUGGAACCAGCCUUCAUCCUUUGCAGCCUCAGCUUCACCUCCAGCACCUGUAGUCUGGGGCCCGUCAGCAUCCGUGACACCCAAUACUUGGUCAUCAACCAGCCCGCUGGGGAAUCCUUUUCAGAGCAAUGUUUUUCCAGCUCCUGCUGUGUCAGCCCAGCCCCCUUCUAUGCUCUCCACUCUCCUGGUCACUCCUCCUCAACCACCUCCCAGAACUGGCCCUCCGAAGGACGUCUCCAGCGAUGCCUUCGUUGCCUUGGACCCACUUGGGGACAAAGAAGUCAAGGAAGUGAAAGAAAUGUUUAAGGACUUCCAACUGCGGCAGCCACCUACUGUGCCAGCAAGGAAAGGAGAACAGAAUUCCUCUGGGACUUCCAGUGCCUUCUCCAACUACUUCAACAACAAAGUUGGCAUUCCUCAGGAGAAUGCAGACCAUGAUGACUUUGACGCUAAUCAACUGUUGAGAAAGAUCAAUGAACUACCAAAGCCAGCUCCCAGACAAGGUGCCCUGCCAGUUACCAAAUCUGCUGACAAUGCAUUUGAGAACCCCUUCUCUAAAGAUUCUUUCCGUUCAUCACCAGCCUCUGAACUUGGCAUGCUGACUAUCCAGAGGAACAAAAAGGUGGAAGAAGAGGAUGACUGCUCAGGAUCUAAACAAGAUGAUGGCCUCAUGAACCUCUACUGAUUAGCUCCAAGUAGUCCGAGCUAAAGUCCUGUGGUUUUACGUUGAAUGACAAUAGAUGAUCACGUAUGGCAUCAUUUUCCAUCUGACUUCCCACUCAGUCAUUAUCAACACAGACUUGAAAUAGUAUUUUAUAUGUCCAAAUACCUAAAUGUGCUAACUGGAGGCAAUUAUUUCUAGGGAAUUGAAUUUUUGAAAGUAGAAACAUUUUGAAAGUGAUGACCAGCCACACAAUUGUUUUGUACAUACUUAUUUUGCUGUGCACUUUUCUGUAUGCAAAGAAAGCUAUAAAUUUACUCAUUUCAAUAAACUGGAAUGGCAGAA